AUGUAAUUCCUUAAAAAUGACAAAAGCUUGAUUACGGAAUCAAAAUAAAAGUCAGAAGUGAGUUCUGAACUAUUAAAUGCUGUUGAGAUAAAACCAAAUGACAUAUUGAUGUUCGAUGUUUUGCAAAAUUAAAAGAAGAUCAUUGCAUAAGUUGAUAUUAUAAAUAAAACCUUACAAGAUGUCAUGUUCAGAGUUAAAACUACAUCUCCAGACUUUUACGUUAUUUCAUAUGAAAAAGAGAAGCCAAUAGCUACUUAAUCGUCUUACACAGUGUCAAUUUAUAUGAUGUGCGACGAAUCAAGAUUGCAGCACAGAUUGAAAGAUAAGUUUUAAAUUGAAAUAGUUGAGAAAUAAAAGUAUGAUGCAGCAACAAAUGAAGAUUGCAAGUGGCAAAAUUAAGCUAGAAAACAUAUUCUUGGAGUGAGUUUAAUCAGAAAAGAUAUUUCUUCUCAAAUCUAACAACCCAAGAGUCAGAUAUUGUAUAGUAAUAUUAAGAGUCACUCAAUUGGACAAACUCCACGUCUUGUGCAAUCAAGAUUGACCUAGGGAUCAGCUGGACUGAAUAUGGCAUUUCAAUAGUAAUAUCAACGUCAAGACAGUUCUAAUUCUAUUUCGAAUGAUGAAAAUAAGAAUUUAAAAUUGAAGUUAGAAUCUUUAAAGCAGAAAUAUUAAGAGCAAGCCAAAUUAAUAGAAUAAUAUAAAUACGACAUAAAUGAACUUUAGAAUGAGAUUGAUAGAAAUGCCUUUAUUUAUGAUUUGGAAAAGAAGUAAGAGGAAUAGGACUAACCUGAUCAAAUUAUAGCUUCUGCAAUAAGGGAUAAAACAGGAAUUCCAUUAUGGGAGUUAUUUGUUGCAGCAACAAUAUCGCUCAUUUUAGGUGCAUUACUGAAUAAUAAAUGA